AUGCCGGCUCACGACGGCCGCGCCGCGCCACCGCCCUCGCGCGCCGCCGUCGCGCCGUCGCCGCCGUGCCCGCAGUUGCUGGAGCUGUCGCCGGCGGCGCUGGCGUACCUGGCGCACACCUUCGACGUCUAUGACUCAUCGCGGUCUGGCGUGCUGAGUGCGAGUGACAUAGAGCACAUGUUCAACCGCGCCCCGGUGCCCGUGUACCAGCUGGACGCCUGGAACCGGACGCUGGUGGCCGGCGGCGGCGCGGGCGGCGCGCCGGCGGCGGGGCUCACGCGGGACGGCUACCUCACGCGCUGGAAGGCCUUCGCCCUGCAGCAUGAUAUGAUGUGA